CCCUGUUUUUCACAAUUCUCCGUUUACAGGUAUUUAUUAAUUCUCUAAUGUUGCGCUCCACUGCAAGUGCCAGGUGACUGUGUGGAGAUGGGCAUCUGUUUAGGAUGUCGAUGUUAAUGUGAAAUGCCGGUUUGUGUUUUUCAGAAUCUCCUGCAUGAGAAUCUCAGGAGCUCGGACUCGCAGGGGAUCCAGGAUGUGCCUCCUCCCACAUUCAGUCACCAAAAGCUCACAGAGGGCAUCUCGCUAGGAGGAGUGAAUACGACGCUCAUGGUUCUCGUGUAUGGACGUUCGCCGACUCUGGACACAAACUUAGCCCGCGACCACCUCCAGAUUUCCUCGGAUCUCAGGACGGUGACAGUGAGCCCUGUCCCCCAGGGUCGCCUCCAUCAUCUACACCUCUUUGAUUACUGGUCACAAGUCCUGUGCUCUGAGAGCUUCUCAUCGGGUCAGCACUACUGGGAGGUGGACGUGGGAAGCGCGAGGCUGUGUCGGGUUGGAGUCGCGUACGGCACAAUCCCAAGGAGAGGGAGUGGUGAUGAGUGCCUCCUGGGAGUGAGUGACGUCUCCUGGUGUCUACAGAAAGUUGGCGACAUCUUCUCAGUGCUGCAUGGCAAGGUAGAGACCUCACUGUCGGUGCCGGAGUCUCCGCGAAGAGUCGGGGUUCAUCUGGACUGGGAUGCGGGGCUGCUGUCGUUUUACAGCACCGACUCCAUGGCGCCGUUGCACUCGUUUCACCAAACCUUCACUCAGCCCCUACAUCCUGGGCUGUGGGUGGGGUGGGUUAAAGUUGGUGACUCGGUGAGGAUUGUGGAUCUGAGUGGUGCGUCCUGAGAGAGGUGAACGUGAACAGUGCAGAGGGCAGACGCCACGACGCACGGCGCUCGCCACCCUCGUCACCGUCACGCGCAGUGCCACGCCCGUGACUGCCUGGUGGCUGUCGGCGGCUAGGGUCUGCGUGGCU